AUGGGGGGCUCUCUGCGGGAGGGGAAGGGUCCCUGGGCCAUGCUGUGGGGGCUGGUCGGCUCCUGGCUGCAGGGUCAGAAGACCUGGGCCCAGCAUGUGGAGGAGGCCAGCCUGCUGCAGCACAAAAAGAUUUGGGAGUCUCCGCUGCUGCAGGCUGCCAAGGAGAACAGUCUGCCCGCCCUCAGGAAGCUGCUGCUGGACAGCACUUGUGACCUGCGCCAGAGAGGGGCUCUGGGGGAGACGGCCCUGCACGUGGCGGCGCUCUAUGACAACCUGGAGGCUGCCAAGGUCAUCAUGGACGCCGCCCCGGACCUGGUCACGGAGCCCAUGACCUCUGACCUGUAUGCAGGUCAGACGGCUCUGCACGUGGCUGCCGUGAACCAGAAUGGGCCCCUGGUGCGUGCCCUGCUGGCCCGCGGGGCCCACGUCUCUGCCCGAGCCACCGGCUACGCCUUCCGCCGGAGCCCGCACAACCUCAUCUAUUUCGGGGAGCAUCCUCUGUCCUUCGCAGCUUGCGUGGGCAGUGAGGAGAUCGUGCGGCUGAUCCUCGAACGUGGAGCUGACAUCCGGGCCCAGGACUCCCUGGGAAACACCGUGCUCCAUAUCCUAGUUCUGCAGCCCAACAAGACUUUUGCCUGCCAGAUGUACAACCUGCUGCUGUCCUACGAGAAACAGGGGGUUGGCCUGCAGCCCCUCGAACUCAUCCCCAACCACCAGGGCCUCACCCCCUUCAAACUGGCGGGUGUCGAGGGCAACACCGUGAUGUUCCAGCACCUGAUGCAGAAGAGGAAGCAUGUCCAGUGGUCGUUCGGCCCACUGACCUCCACCCUCUACGACCUGACCGAGAUCGACUCAUGGGGGGAGGAGCUGCCUUUCCUGGAGCUGGUGGUUUCCACGAAGAAGCGAGAGGCCCGCCAGAUCCUGGACCAGACCCCGGUGAAGGAACUGGUGAGUCUCAAGUGGAAGAGGUUCGGCCGCCCUUACUUCUACCUGCUUGGUGCCAUCUACGUCCUCUACAUGAUCUGCUUCACCAUGUGCUGCAUCUACCGCCCGCUGAAACCGAGGUCCGGCAACUGCACCGGGGACCGCGACACCACCGUCGCCGUGCAGAAGCUGCUGCAGGAGUCGUACGAGACGCCCUCAGAUGCCGUCCGGCUGGUGGGGGAGCUGCUGACCGUGGUCGGGGCCGUGGCCAUUCUGCUACUGGAGAUCCCGGACAUCUUUAGGGUGGGAGUGACCCGCUACUUUGGACAGACCAUUCUUGGGGGGCCUUUCCACGCCAUCAUCAUCACAUUCGCAUGCAUGAUCCUGGGGACACUGGUCAUGCGUCUGACCAACAUGGACGGCGAGGUGGUGCCCUUGGCCUGUGCCCUGGUGCUGGGCUGGUGCAACGUCAUGUACUUUGCCCGCGGCUCCCAGAUGCUGGGCCCCUUCACCAUCAUGAUCCAGAAGAUCAUCUUUGGGGAUCUGAUGCGGUUCUGUUGGCUGAUGGCUGUGGUGAUCCUGGGCUUCGCCUCGGCCUUCUACGUCAUCUUCCAGACAGAGAAUCCCAGUAAACUGGGCCAUUUCUCCAACUACUCCAUGGCGCUGUUCAGCACCUUCGAGCUCUUCCUGACCAUCAUCGAUGGGCCGGCCAACUAUGACGUGGACCUGCCGUUCAUGUACUACCUGGUCUACUCCGCCUUCGCCGUCAUCGCCGCCCUGCUCAUGCUCAACCUGCUCAUCGCCAUGAUGGGUGACACCCAUUGGCGCGUGGCCCACGAGCGCGAUGAGCUCUGGAGGGCGCAGGUGGUGGCCACCACGGUGAUGCUGGAGCGGAAGAUGCCACGCUGCCUCUGGCCCCGCUCGGGCAUCUGCGGCCGCCACUAUGGCCUGGGGGACCGCUGGUUCCUGCGGGUGGAAGACCGGCACGACCAGAACCCACUACGCAUGCGCCGCUACGCCGAGGCCUUCAAGUGUCCGGACCGCGAGGACCCGCAGCCGCAGCCGCAGCCCUUGUCGGACCUGCCCCACUCCUCCUCCUCCUCAUCAUUGUCCCCAGCCCAGCUAUCCCUGUCCCUGUCCCCAUCCCUGUCCCGCACGACGUCCCGCAGCAGCAGCGGCUGGGCCCUUCUCCGCCGCAGCAUGAUGGGCCGUGUGAACCAGGGCCUGGACCUGGGUGAGGGGGAGGGGGACGGGGAAAGAGUCUACCAUGUGUGAUGACCUCUGACCCCCGACUCCAGACCUCCCCCUCCACCCCGGCACCUGGGUUGGGCCCA